AGGCUUGAAGAGGCAUGCACCUGUGCUAUCGAAGGAGCCAUCUCUAUUCACAGCCGAGACUUGUGAAGGCUGUGACGCGCCGCAGCGCUUAAAGCAGCUUUCUGAGCCGCGGUAGCAAUGUCGUUGGCGUCGCUUCGAGGCCACUUUGACUACCGGGGAUAAGCGGGCCGCUGCAUGGACACCUGUCGCCGGCGGGAGGUGGGGGCGGCGCGGAGGGGCCGAGGUGGCGGGGGCGGCGGGGGUGGCGCGGUGGAGGGCUUCUUGAGGGAUAAUCGUUGCUCGCUCUCGGUGUCUGCCAAACAGUGGGGUGAGGAGGAAUGUGGCGGCCCCGGAGAGGGUUCCCAGAGGCGGUGUGCGGGUCACAAGGGAGGCAAGGGAGCAGUGGCCGGCUUCCUGCCUCGCCUGCCUGUCCAGGUCAUUCCAGGCGAGUCCUCGCGGUGGAAGGAACGUUUCGUCCGGCAGACUGGCGGGCGGCGAGAGGCGGAGGCUGUGAAUGCUCCCCAAGUCCUGCAUCACUGCUGGAUGGGUGGGAACCCAGACGGCAAGAGUUACGCCGGGCAGGAGCAGGGUGACGAGGGCACUUGGUCUCCAGAUGUAGUGGACCCGAUAACGAAGGUUGCCAGGAACUAUAUUUGCCGGGCGAAGCAAAGUCUCGGCAGUUCAUCCUGGUCAGGAAUAAUGCCAUUUUAGCCCGUCCAAGAGCACUUCCCUCACACAGCCACGGCAGAUGUGUGCGUGCCUGGGGUCGUGGGAGGCGAUGCGUUCUGCGUUCUUCAGCCGUCAGGAGGUGUGGCCCCGCGUCCUUUGUGAAAAACCGGCUGUUGGAGAAAGUCGUGCAUUAAGU